ACCUCCAUCUUCAACCACAAAAAGAAAAGAAAAAGUCCAGAACACACGAAUAAGACACUCUGUACUCGUGUGUAUGUUUAGAGUACAGUUGUAUGUGUUGUGUCCAGCUCUUAUCAGGGGAAUGAAGUCUCUCAGGGUGACGAUGGUGGUGAAGGAAUUCCAUCCUGAUAAAAAGUAUCCAGAAUGCCACCGGGAUGCUAAGCACACGCAUGGCGGCUUAUCGUGGUACAAGUGCGAUGGCAGCGGCGCACGUGCUAGAUGCUGCUAUUUUCAGACCUGUGAUACGGAGUGAUGCAGACUGAGGUUGGGUCUGCAAUCUGUCACCGACAGGACCAUUGUCAAGCCAAACCGUCAAACACAACCGCACAUGUAGACUUUCACAAUAAAACGCGCACACACACGAAAUCAUUGUGUAUCUCUUCAUAUGUAAUUAAUUCCUGUAAACACAUUUCAUACAUGCAUCUACUUACAUUAUCCGGCUAUUCAGUAUUAUCCUGACAUCCAUCCAUUUUCUGUACCUCUUUUCUACACUACGAGCAUGUAGAGACAAACAACGAAUUUGAAACGAUGUUCAACGUGUAUUCAUUUUGUAGGGUCGUUUUCUGGAUUCAUAUAUGCUCAGGACGCAUUUUGGGUCUCAAACGAGACGAGCGAUCAAUGCUGAUAUCUCUUAUUUUGAAAGGCUGCCUUCUGUCUAUUUCCGUCCCGCUGUGUACUCGAUGGCUUGAUGCCGGUGGCUUGUGAGGACCCGCGGGGGACGGUGGAAAGCAGCACACAGUAGAUGGGACCAAUUUUUGGCCGAGAUGAGCUUCUCUAUCUUCUGCGCACUUACAUAGCAGACAAACUUGAAAGAGAAUGUCGUUCAACAAAAGGCGAAAACUUCCUGCGUGUCGUUUUAUGUCUUUUUUUCAUUUUUAACUGCAGCUCAAGUGUCUGAAAUUCAACUGCACUUUAGUGAACUUUUCCUCCUUUUUUUAUUUUUAACUCAGCGCGUGACAACCAGCUUCUCUUGUCACUGUGGCAACCAACCUUCAUCAUCAAGAUCAUCAUCCUCCAGGCAGUAUCAGCAACCCAAUCCCGCAGCAGUUUUGCACUUGCAGUUCUUUUCAUUUGAAUUUAAAUUCGGCGCUUCCCGAUGCUGAUUUAGAAGCUUGAUGCGUUGUCAUCAUCGUCGCUGUCAAGAUGCCGGUGAGACGCGGUCACGUUGCCCUCCAGAACACUUACCUCGAUACCAUCAUCAGGAAAUUCGACGAGCAAAAUCGCAAGUUUGUGAUUGCCAAUGCGCAGAUGAAGAACUGUGGCAUCAUCUUCUGCAACGAGGCCUUCUGUCAGAUGUUCGGCUUCACGCGGGCCGAAAUCAUGCAGCAGCCGUGCACCUGCCAGUUCCUGGUGGGGCCCGGCACCAUGAAGAGCGCCCUAGCGCAGCUAGCUCAGGCCCUCCUCGGCUCUGAGGAGCGCAAGGUGGAGAUCCUCUACUACGCCAAGGAAGGCACGUGCAGGCCGUGCAUGGUGGACAUCGUUCCAGUGAAGAACGAGGAAGGAGUCGUCAUCAUGUUCAUCCUGGACUUCCAGGAGCUCGUCGACCCGCUGCUCAAGAAGUCCGGAUUCAGGCAGCGAGUCAGCCAAGGCUGGCUCUAUUGUCAGAAUCGCAGAUUGAAGAUGCGACUGCCGGUGUUGCGCCCUAAGCGGCGGCAGUCACUUUCCAAAGAUCAAUUUGAGGGUGUAGUGGUGGACUACAUGCAGCCCAACAGUGAGGAAGUCCCCCUGAAGGAUUUCCGCAUCCCAUCUAAAGAGAGCUGUAUGCAGUCCGAGACUGAGGCCCUUAUAGAGCAAGACCUGGAUCCUCCAUCGCUCGCCACUCAGUCUUGCGCCAAGCGCCGCUCCCUGCUGACGGACCGCUUGGACCUGCCGGGCCUGCCGGGACCUCGGGGGACCAUAUCUCGAAGCAGCUCGCGGGAAAGCUUGCGCAGCCUGCGACGGGCCUCGUCUCUCGACGACAUCGACGGGAUGAAAACAGAGUUGAGCACUCGGCUCGGAGAUACCCGGACGAACAGCAAUUUGAAGCCUAGCGGCGCCAACUCCACUUCAGACUCGGAUCUGAUGAGGCACCGGGCUAUUGGGCGCAUCCCGCAGGUGACGCUCACCUUCGGCUCGGACCGCGUCAGACCCCCGUCGCCCGGAGAGAUUGAGAUCAUCGCGCCCAGCAAAGUCAAAGACAGAACACAGAAUGUUACUGAGAAGGUGACGCAGGUAACACAGGUUCUGUCGCUGGGCGCCGACGUGCUUCCCGAGUACAAGCUGCAAGCCCCGCGCAUCCACCGCUGGACCAUCUUGCACUACAGCCCCUUCAAGGCCAUGUGGGACUGGCUCAUCCUGCUGCUGGUCAUCUACACAGCUAUCUUCACGCCCUACUCGGCCGCCUUUCUUCUCAACGAGGUGGAGGAGGAUCGGCGGCGGACGUGCGGCUACACGUGCAACCCUCUCAACGUCGUGGAUCUGGUGGUGGACGUCAUGUUCAUCGUGGACAUCCUCAUCAACUUCCGGACCACAUAUGUCAACCACAACGAUGAAGUGGUCAGCCACCCGGGCCGCAUCGCCCAGCACUACUUCAAGGGCUGGUUCCUCAUCGACAUCGUGGCCGCCAUACCCUUCGAUCUGCUCAUCUUCCGCUCCGGCUCGGAGGAGCCGCAGACCACCACGCUGAUCGGCCUUCUGAAGACGGCGCGGCUUUUGCGUUUGGUGCGGGUGGCCCGCAAGCUGGACCGUUACUCGGAGUACGGAGCGGCCGUGCUCUUCCUGCUCAUGUGCACCUUCGCUCUGAUCGCCCACUGGCUGGCGUGCAUCUGGUACGCCAUCGGCAACGUGGAACGCACCAGCUCGGCCCGCGUGGGGGUCAUGAAGAUCGGCUGGCUGGACAACCUGGCCGAGCAGAUCGGCAAGCAAUACAACGACAGCGAUGCGGCGUCGGGGCCGUCCAUCAAGGACAAGUACGUGACGGCGCUCUACUUCACCUUCAGCAGCCUCACCAGCGUCGGCUUCGGAAACGUUUCACCCAACACCAACCCCGAAAAGAUCUUCUCCAUUUGCGUCAUGCUCAUUGGAUCUCUGAUGUACGCCAGCAUCUUUGGCAACGUUUCGGCCAUCAUCCAGAGGCUCUACUCGGGCACGGCGCGGUACCACACGCAGAUGCUGCGCGUCAAAGAGUUCAUCCGCUUCCACCAAAUUCCCGGUGGCUUGCGGCAGCGUCUGGAGGAGUACUUCCAGCACGCCUGGUCCUACACCAACGGCAUCGACAUGAACGCAGUGUUGAAGGGCUUCCCCGAGUGCCUGCAGGCCGACAUCUGCCUGCAUCUGAACCGCACGCUGAUGCAGCAGUGCAAAGCCUUCCGAGGCGCCAACAAAGGCUGCCUGCGCGCCCUGGCCAUCCGCUUCAAAACCACCCACGCCCCGCCCGGCGACACCCUGGUGCACAGCGGCGACAUCCUCACCGCCCUUUAUUUCAUCUCCAACGGCUCCAUCGAGAUCCUGCGCGACGACAUGGUGGUGGCCAUAUUGGGAAAGAACGACAUCUUUGGCGAGUCCGUCAGCAUGUACGGCAGGCCUGGCAAGUCCAGCGCCGACGUGCGGGCGCUGACGUACUGCGACCUUCACAAAAUCCAGAGGGACGACCUGAUGGAGGUUCUGGACAUGUACCCUGACUUUGCUGACACAUUCUGGCACAACUUGGAGGUCACCUUCAACCUGAGAGAUGCAGAUCGGGUAAAUCUGUCAACGCCAAGCAAGGACUCUGAAUGUGGCUACCGUCGCAGCAGGCACCACAGAGGCUCCCCGCGACGCCACAACCACGGCACGGACCAGGAGGAGACCUACGCCGAGCAGUCUUGUCCAAUGGCCAACCAUCACAAAGUCGCAACGCCGCGCUGGGACGAGCAGUGCGAUAGUGACACUUUUUCAUCCGAGUCCAGCGACGAGGAGAUGAAGCAAAUGAGGCGUAGCAGUAAAAUGGAGCUGUACCCCCCGCCGGCAGGGGACGCCAGAGACUACCCACCGGCAGUCAUUAACCUCCUGCCGCACGGUAGAUCCGGCCCUGGGAUGGCGAAGCCUAUUGACCUUGCUGGGCCACCAUACUCAGUUCCAGUCAGCAUGUCGGGCCUAUACGGCUACUGGCCAGACCGCCGGGCCAGCCAGUAUUCCGAGGCCCAGAGACGCUCGUCGUCUGCGGCCAGGACCACCGGCUUCCAGCCUGUCCCCUGUUCUGAGGACCGGCCUAGUGAGCUCGGGUCAAGAUUGGAAGUGCUCCAGUCACAGUUGAACAGACUGGAGAGCCGAAUGACGGCGGACAUCACCGUCAUCCUGCAACUACUUCAGCGUCAGAUGGCCCCAGUGCCGCCCGCCUACAGCGCCGUAUCACCCAGCCCCAUCCCCACCGCCACCGCCGCCGCCCUGUAUGGCAACGCACCGCUGCCCACCCUCUGCGCCGUCCCUCCCAUGAUGGACAGCGCUGCUUCGUUGCUCCAGACUCCAGAGUCCGAGUCCAAGUCCAAGGACUCGCUGUCCAGCGGGAUCCACGUAACGGCCGCCUCGGACGACACCAUGUCACUGACGCCGCCUCAGCCUGAGGCCCCAGGGAUGCUGGGUACCACCCAGCGCUUCCCUUCCCUCCCCGAGCACCUGGAGGUCUCCUCUGAAGUGCCGGAGAUCCAGAGGCACAUCUCGGACCCAAUCCUGCCGGGAAGCCCUGGGAGCUAAGAGGUGGUUAUUCAGCCCCGGGCCCCGUUGGGACCAGCAGAGAGCACCCCGCAAGCAUCCAGACGAGAUUUGCGUCUCAACUAUUCCAGCGGAGUUGCCCUGAUCAACAAAGCAUCUUGAAACAAUGAAUAAAGUUGGCUUGCACGUUUUGGAA